CCCCCCCCCCCCCGCCUCGCUCCCGAGGGGGUUAAAUAGGAAAGCAGGAGAGGAUGACUGAGCAGAAGGGGGAGCUGAGCGGUGGCAAGGCGCAGCUGAUCCCCGGGAGGUGGGAGGGAGACCGAGUCGUGUUUUACCACCAUCAUCAUCAUCAUCACCCUCGUGCAUGUGAGCGUCGCCUCCGGAGCGUUCCGUAACCCACCGGGUCACCUGCCGGCAGCUGGUCCUCACCGGCACGGUAAACGGCGUCUCGGAAUAAGUACACGGCUCCCGGCAGCGUCGCCGUGAUGGGGAAGGACUAUUACAAGAUUCUGGGCAUCCAGACUGGGGCCAACGAGGAUGAAAUCAAGAAAGCCUAUCGGAAAAUGGCCCUGAAGUACCACCCCGACAAGAACAAAGACCCCAACGCUGAGGAGAAGUUCAAGGAGAUUGCAGAGGCUUAUGAUGUCCUGAGUGACCCCAAGAAACGAGCCGUGUACGACCAGUAUGGGGAGGAAGGUCUCAAAACCGGAGGUGGCUCCUCAGGUGGCUCAGGGAAUACUUUCCACUACACCUUCCAUGGAGAUCCCCACGCCACCUUUGCAUCCUUCUUCGGGGGCUCCAACCCUUUCGACAUCUUCUUCGCUAGCAGCCGCUCCCGGAUGUUCAACGGGUUCGACCAGGAGGACCUGGAUAUUGAUGAUGAUGAUGAUCCUUUCAGUGCCUUCGGACGCUUUGGCUUCAACGGAAUCAAUGGAGUUCACCGUCGGCACCAGGAGUCCCUGCACACACGGAGGAAGGUCCAAGACCCACCUGUCAUCCAUGAGCUCAAGGUGUCCCUGGAAGAGAUCUACCACGGCUCCACCAAGAGGAUGAAGAUCACACGCCGAAGGCUGAACGCUGAUGGCCGGACCAUGAGGACUGAGGACAAGAUCCUAAACAUUGUCAUCAAACGGGGUUGGAAAGAGGGAACAAAAAUCACGUUUCCCAAAGAAGGGGAUGCCACCCCAGACAACAUCCCUGCUGACAUCGUCUUCAUCCUCAAGGAUAAGCCUCACUCACACUUCAAGAGGGAUGGGACGAACGUGGUCUACACAGCAAACAUCAGUCUUAAAGAGGCCUUGUGCGGCUGCACCGUGAACAUUCCCACCAUCGACGGGCGGGUGAUCCCACUGCCCUGCAACGACAUCAUCAAGCCAGGCACAGUGAAGAGACUGCGUGGGGAGGGGCUGCCCUUCCCCAAGGCCCCCAGCCAGAGAGGAGAUUUGAUCGUGGAGUUCAAAAUCCGCUUCCCGGACAGAAUAGCUCCCCAGACGAGACUGAUCCUCAAGCAGCACCUCCCGUGCUCCUAGAGCCCGGGGGACUCUCCUCCAAGCAGCAAUACUCCAAACCCAUGUGCUGCAGCACCUGGCUCACACGGAGCAGAGGUGCCACAGCACUUUCAAAUGCAAAAAAAAAAAAAAAAAAAGACAAAAAAAAAAACAACAACAAAACAC